GCACUCACAACUGCACAUGGGGUAUUAAAAGCAGAUAAGUAGCGUGCACGUGAUAAUUGAAUUGAAGGUGACUGGCGAGACGUGCUGCGCCAAUUUUAGAGUGAUCGGCAGUGCCAAACUUCAUGGACUGCAAGCGCUGCACGUACGAAAUGCAAUGCACAGUAUAUUCCAUACUUCUUCUGGUCAAUUUGGCCUGUGGUCAGAUUCCGCAAGUGACUUUGCCCUGUUUGGGCACAAUGGAGGGCUACACAGAAAAUUCGUACAUUAACCAGCGGCUUUUUUAUCACUUCAGAGGAGUGCCGUUUGCACAGCCUCCCAUUGGUGACUUGAGAUUCCAGGCGCCACAAACUGUUCAGCCCUGGGUCGGAAUCCUCGAUGCACAAACCAGUUUCGGGAGCAGAUGUUCGCAAUUCAGACCUCUGGGCAGAGAUGAAUCCACGCCGAAUUUUGAUUUGGAGGGCAUAACUUCGCAACCGGUUGAGGAUGAUUCUGAAGACUGUCUUUUUCUCCAAGUUUACACACCAACGCUCGAAACAACUGCAAAUCUGCCCGUAAUUGUUUUCAUUCACGGUGGUGGAUUCACGACCGGCUCUUCUCGUCUUUACGGAGGCGACAAAUUCAUGGACCAUGACGUCGUGCUUGUUGUUCCACAUUACAGACUCGGACCGCUUGGAUUCCUUUCGCUUCAAACUGACGAAAUUCCGGGAAAUGCGGGACUGCUGGAUCAAGUCGAGGCUUUGAAAUGGGUGCAGAGAUAUAUCAGAUUUUUCGGCGGCAACCCUAGCCAAGUCACAGUCAUGGGUGAAAGCGCUGGAGCUGUCAGCACCACCUUUUUGAACCUAAGUCCUUUGUCGUCAAAUCUGUUCAACCAGUUCAUCUCUCAGAGUGGCUCGGCGCUGGCAUACUGGGCCACCGAUCUAGACCCAGUCCGGUCCGCUUUUCAAAUUGGCGCUUUUGCUGGGUGCAAUGACACGGAAAUUAAUGCGUUCACCGAGUGCUUGAAAACCGUCGACGCGCAGACUUUGAGCCUGGCGUAUUUGGCGCAUGCAGCGAUUGAGCUAAAGGAAGGACGAUCGGGCUUGGGUGGAAUCACACCGGUGGUGCAAAAAGCUGGAGCUGUUCGAUUUAUAGAGAAAUUUCCGGCUGAAAUUUACAAAUCUGGAGAGUAUAAUGCCAAGCCAGCCAUAAUCGGAGCAAACAAGCACGAGGGCACAAUUUUCUACAAUCUCAUAUACAAGACCCACUUGGAGAAUAAUGGUUUACUGAAUGACACGGAAUAUUUUAAGCGAGGCUUAACAAGACAUGUCUUGAGUUAUUUUGACAUCCAAGACCAAGGCGACACUCUCGCAAUUGCUGUUGAGAAAACGUAUUUUGGAGCUGAAAACAUGGGCAACCUUACUGCCAUGACACCCAGACUCAUUGAUUAUCUAUCUAAUAUGUACAUGAAAGGCCCUGCCUUUGGAACUGCUGAAUUCAAUGCUGCCAAGGGCGCUCCAACCUAUUUAUACUCUUUUCAUUAUCAAGGCUCGAACACGAUGUAUCCCGUUUUUGCACCAAACUCUCCCAUACCUGGAGGCGUUUGCCAUGCUGACGAGUUGAUUCUUCAAUUUUCUUUCCCUAAUUUGACAACCAAUGUUCUGGACGAUACAGUGGCAAAUAAAAUUGUGAGCCUCUGGGCUAACUUUGCUACUUAUGGAGACCCCACAGCGGUGGGAUCAACGCCAAUCGAGGGAAUUCCUUCUUGGCCAGCUUGGACCAACAUUGAUGGGUCGUACUUAAUCAUCAAUGCAACAAGCACCGUAGCUCAAGAUUUCACUGCUUCUGAUUAUUUCGUCUCUAUAAAUGAAAACUUUCCUUUGAGUUUCGUUUGAUUUGAUUAACCAGCAAAAAAAAGCAACUUUGGAUUUCUUAUUCUGUUAUUUUAAUUGGGGUGUUAUUUUUUGUAAUCCUGUUGAUUUUUUUAAGCAAUAAAAAAAAAAGUGAAAAUAUC